CGAAUGAAAGUGACAUUACGUUGUUCUUCUUGGCAACAAUACAAAGCGACCAGCCUCAAAAUAAAACGUUGAAUUUUUCACUUUUCUAAAUACUCCAAGUGUUUACCCGUAUCAAUCGAAGACCAGGACAAGUAAAACUGCAAAAAUGGUAAACUGAUUGCAAGGGAAAUUCAAGCAAUCACUACGAAUCCGUUUUGUUGGAUUGAAUUUGUUUCUAAUUGGAGGUUACGUGUACGGAAAUCACAAUGACUUUCAACUUUCAGUUUGGAUUUAACAUGUUUCCGGAUAAUCCCCGGCCUUUUAAUACCCAGUACAAAUGUUUUUCUGUAUCUAUGCUGCCGGGAAAUGAAAGACAAGACGUAGAACGAGGUGGAAAGAUUAUAAUGCCUCCCUCAGCUCUAGAUACACUCACGAGAUUGAACAUAGUUUAUCCGAUGCUUUUUAAGCUAACAAAUAAAAAGACGAACAGAAUAACACACUGUGGUGUGCUGGAAUUUGUCGCAGAUGAGGGAAAAGUCUACCUUCCAUAUUGGAUGAUGCACAAUCUUCUUCUCGACGAAGGAGAAAUAUUAAACAUCGAAUCAGUUUCUCUCCCCGUAGCUACUUACGCUCGUUUUCAGCCCCAAUCCGAAGACUUUCUAGACAUAACAAAUCCGAAAGCGGUGCUUGAAAAUGGUUUGAGGAGUUUCGCCUGUCUAACGACUGGAGACAUAGUUGCAAUAAAGUACAACGCUCGAAUAUACGAAAUGUGCGUUUUGGAAAGUAAACCAGGUCCUGCUGUUAGUAUAAUUGAAUGUGAUAUGAACGUCGAAUUCGCACCACCGGUCGGAUACAAAGAACCAAUCAGACCUGUUAGAAAGGAAGAUCAAGACAUCAAUCCUGAUGAGCUAAUGCCAGAACCUGCAGGUUUCGUCGCAUUUAAGGGUCAAGGUAAUAGACUAAACGGGAAGAAGAAAAAGAAAGAGGAUUCCGCGGCAGCUGAACCACCUGCGAGUAAACCUGUUUACGUUAGAGGUAUUCCCGAUUAUGAUUACAAAAUUGGCACGCUUAGGUUUCUGCGCAAUGUGAAACCAGUCAAUAAUAAGGAGCCGAGAGAAGCAAACGAAUUUAAACCCUUUGCUGGAGAAGGAAAUCUUUUGAGAAGGUCCAAGAAAAGAUAAGAUUUUAAUGUGAUUUUCAAUUUAUGUUUAAAAUAUAUCGUCUAAAUAUAAGGCUACAUUAAUUAAACGUACUUGGUUUGUA